AUGGAAACGCCUCCCGUCAAACCGCAAGCAGCUGAAGACGCGGUUGCCUCAACCGCGGAUACUUCCCAACCGCAGCCGACGCUACAUGAAGUCGAGUCUUCACCAGUUGCUGUAUCUCCCGAUGAUGUUGUUGUUUUCUCGGAUGAUGAUUUAGACCACGAGAGAAACAUAGGCGAGGAUCACGAUCAUGAUGAUAAUAAAGUCGAGACCGAUGUUGCUGUUGUUUCUAAUGAUGAGUUGAAGCAGAAGAUCAUUAGACAGGCAAGUGGUCUAUGCUCUUUCUUGUUUUCUUUAAAGUAUCAAAAAAACAUUGCUUUCGAGUUUGGUUUUAGUGUUGAGUACUACUUUAGUGACGAGAAUUUGCCUACUGACAAGUUUCUUUUGAAUGCUAUGAAGAAGAACAAGAAAGGCUUUGUUCCCAUAUCUACCAUUGCUACAUUCCAUAAAAUGAAGAAGCUUACACGCGACCAUGAUUUGAUAGUUGCAGCCUUGAAGGAGUCGUCAUUUCUUGUUGUUAGCUCGGAGGGGAAUAAGGUGAAGCGUCUGAGUCCUCUUCCUGAGGUCAGGGAUCCAAAGAUUUUCACUGUUUUGGUAGAAAAUUUGCCGGAGGAUCAUUCAGACGAGAACAUUCGUGCUAUAUUUUGUAAAGCUGGAAGCAUUAAAAGUGUAUCCAUAUGUGAUCCAAAUGCUGCUGAAGAAUCAGAGAAGGGUUUUAAGAAGGACAAAUUCAUCCGAACCAGAUUACAUGCAUUUGUGGAAUAUGAAACAGUGGAGGCAGCUGAGAAAGCGGCAGCUACAUUGAAUAACGAGCAAGACUGGAGAAAUGGGUUGCGAGUUAAGCUUCUUGAACAAGCAGUUAAGUAUGCACAGAGAAGACCAGCUAGGAAGGAAGUAGAUCCAGAGAAGGACAAUACAGGACGAGUGCGUGACCAAACUGGAGGUGAGGAGAACAAAAAGGCAAAUGAACAUCAGCAUCACCAUCAUUCUGAUAAUCUGGCUGAUAAUGAUGUGGGGGAUAAAAAUGGGAACAAAGCCAGAGGUCGAGGACGGGGAAGAAGACAGAAUCUUCAAGGCAGCAACAGUAGUGGACAUGGAACCUCACCAUCAAACUCAUCAUCGUUCCAUCAUCACUAUAAUAAUCAUCAUCAUCAUCCGGUGGAGGUCUCAAAGCCUCCGCCCGGUCCGAAAAUGCCUGAUGGGACGAGAGGGUUUACAAUGGGGCGUGGCAAACCGCUUCCUCCUCCUCCUCCUCCCACGUCUGCUCAAACUAACCACGAAGUUUAAUCGUUUCGCUUAAAAUGUGAAACAUGUAAGUAGUUAUUUACAGAGAUGUUGUGUGGGAUUUGGGGUUUUCUUUUGGCUUCUGCAAUUAUUCUGAAUCCUCACUUGGGUAUUCUAGCUUUUGUGUUGUUGUGAAUGGUAAGGUUUUAUUGAAUGGAAAAUUGAAGGGAAUCCAUUUAAUUGCAUGUUGUCUUCUUUCUUUGUUGUUUCCUCUAUUUUUUAAGUUUUCGUUAAUUAC